ACCCAAUAACGCUUAUUCUCCAUGCUAGUUUCUCUCCAAACAUUCUUGUUCAACCCUCAAACCAUAACAAUAUUCUAACAUCCACCAUCUUUGCCAUUCUUCUUCAUCUCCUUGUUCUUCCACCCUUUUUCUCAGGUUCUUCUUUCUCCCUUCCACCAUGGGCAACUGCUGCUCAGGUGGCACCAAUGACCCCGAGGGAGAAACAAACCAACAUAGCAACAAUGACACUAUUGAAGGUGCAAACUCAGCCACCACCCCACCACCAUCAUCUAAGCCAACCCAUCCUCCUUCUUCUAAGCAUUCAAAACAAGGAGCAAUUGGACACGUCCUUGGAAAGCCUAUGGAGGAUGUGAGAGGCACCUAUUCAUUGGGGAAAGAGCUAGGGAGAGGACAAUUUGGUGUCACACAUUUGUGCACACACAAGACCACAGGGCGGCAAUAUGCAUGCAAAACAAUAGCUAAGAGAAAGCUUGUGAACAAGGAGGAUAUAGAAGAUGUUAAAAGGGAGGUUCAAAUCAUGCACCAUCUCUCGGGGCAGCCUAAUAUUGUGGAACUUGUUGGCGUGUAUGAGGAUAAGCAAUCUGUUCAUUUGGUGAUGGAGUUGUGUGCUGGGGGUGAACUCUUCGAUCGUAUCAUUGCCAAGGGACAUUACACUGAGCGUGCUGCGGCUUCCUUGUUGAGAACCAUUGUUCAGAUUGUGCAUACUUUCCAUUCCAUGGGUGUCAUUCAUAGAGAUCUUAAGCCUGAGAAUUUCCUCUUGUUGAACAAGGAUGAGAAUGCACCCCUCAAGGCCACCGAUUUUGGCCUUUCAGUUUUUUACAAGCAAGGAGAGGUGUUCAAAGACCUUGUUGGUAGUGCUUAUUACAUUGCACCUGAGGUCUUGAAGAGGAGAUAUGGGCCAGAAGUAGACAUUUGGAGUAUCGGGGUCAUGUUAUACAUUCUUCUAUCCGGUGUUCCUCCAUUUUGGGCAGAAUCCGAAAAUGGGAUAUUCAAAGCCAUUCUACGAGGCCAUGUUGACUUCACAAGCGAUCCGUGGCCAUCCAUUUCACCUGCAGCUAAAGAUCUUGUAAGGAAAAUGUUGAAUUCGGAUCCCAAGCAGAGGCUGACGGCCUACCAAGUUCUGAAUCAUCCAUGGAUCAAGGAGGAUGGAGAAGCACCGGAUACACCUCUUGACAAUGCAGUGCUGAAUAAGCUCAAACAAUUCAGAGCAAUGAACCAAUUCAAGAAAGUUGCUCUAAGGGUCAUUGCCGGGUGCCUAUCAGAGGAAGAAAUCAUGGGAUUGAAGCAGAUGUUUAGGGGAAUGGACACUGACAACAGUGGAACCAUAACAAUUGAAGAGCUAAAGCAAGGACUCGCAAAACAAGGGACUAAGCUGACAGAACAGGAAGUUAAGCAAUUAAUGGAAGCUGCAGAUGCUGAUGGCAAUGGAACCAUAGAUUACGAUGAAUUCAUCACAGCAACAAUGCACAUGAACCGAGUAAACAGAGAAGAACAUCUCUACACUGCCUUCCAAUACUUUGACAAAGAUAACAGCGGGUACAUUACCAUUGAAGAACUGGAGCAAGCUCUCAAAGAGUUUAACAUGCACGACGGCAGGGACAUCAACGAAAUCCUUUCAGAAGUUGAUGCAGAUAAUGAUGGCCGGAUUAACUACGAUGAGUUCGCUGCAAUGAUGAGCAAAGGAAACCCAGAAACAAACACCAAGAAGAGGCGUGAUUCAACCUUAUUUUAAUUGGGGGGCUAUGCAAAGAUAUUUAACAGACAUCAUCAUCAUCUCUUUCUGCCCUGGGUUGUGGCUGGCACAGAUGUCACAAGCAAAAGAUCAAGAACUGUCGUGCAUGGUAGCUGUUUGGUUGGGAGGGGAUAUGUAGGUGAGGAAUGAAUGGGUAAAGGUGGAAAACAAACAAAAUUGGAGGGGAAAAUCAACUUGAACUAACCUUGGAGAAACGUGAACAUAUGCUAGGUGUUUGAUUGGUUGGUUCUGUUUUUUCUUCUUUUCCUUAUCUUUCCAGCAAAAAUCUGUAACAAGUCUUGUAUUGUAAUCUCUGCUCACAUAGGAAUCAAAUCACGAGGAUUUAAUUUAUGUACUGAUACCUUCUCAACACUACGUUUAACUAUGUUCAUUCGUUAAUUUUAUAUAUAUGUAUAUAUUUAU